AUGCAAUAGAAAUGUUAUAACUAUAAUAUGUAUUGUUUGUACUUUAUUUAUAAUGUUAUAAUGGAAUCGGAAUUGUCGGAAGAAACUGCUUUACGUUCUCAAUUUACAGUGGAUGAUUUGGAUAUUGAAAUAUUGCCACUUAUAUAUGAGAUAAUUCGGAGUGUUGAAAAAGAUCCACAUGACACCACACAGAAAGCUAAAGAGUCUCAAGAUACAAGUCAUAAAAUAUUAGAACUUCAAAAGAAAUUAGAUUCUGCAAGAGCACAGAUUAAAAAAUUACCAGGAAUAGAAUAUAGUAAAGAAGAACAGUUACAAAAACUUGAAACUCUACGUAAACAACUUAGGCUUAAACGAGAACUUUUACUGAAAUAUCGUAACAUGUGUACAUUUGAAGUUCCUAAAGUAUAAAUAUCUUUGUUUGUUUAAAAAAAAUAUUGUAAUUAUGGGCUUUUUACGUAUGUUAUUUACAUAUUUAAUGCGCAAUGAACAAUUAAUUGAUAAAUUAGCAAAUACAAAACCAAUUAGGCGAUCUGCACAGUUUGUAGCAUAUUUAAUACUUCAAAGUAAAACACAUGGUAUUUAUUUACCCUUUAAUCGUAAGAGAUUUGUUAGACAAUUAAGAAUGUUUACAAAUACCAUUAAACAAAAGUUAGAAGAAACAAAAAAUGAAAUAAAAAAAAAUCCACCUAAGUAGUUUUUGUAUAUAUUUAGAG